ACGAGAAGACCCUCUCGCUGUCGCCUACGCCAUCCUCACUCAGAACUCAGGUGUGCUCGGCACAGCAGCAGCAUCCAGGGUAGGACAAGGCACGAGAGUCAACUUCCGCAGAUUUCUGUCGUCAAAUGAGCCUCCACGCCUCCCAUGUGGUGCAUGGAAGGCUCCGAAUGCAGAAUGGCCAUGUCAGGUUUAGCUCGCAAUUUUGACCGUUAUGAUGAACGGUGUGGAAGCAAGCAAAACCAUGAUGAAGGACUUUCUUGCGCUUAUCUUCCUCUUUGCAGCCUCGCAGGCACAGCGGACGUCCCAGGAGACUCAGUGGUUUGGUCGCUUCACCCGAUGGCUGCGCGACAACGAUGGGUACCUUCACCCUGCUGUGGUCCUGCGGCCUGAGGAGACCCGCGGACUGGGGGCACAAGAUGCAAUCGGCAAGGAAGAGCUGCUUCUUGCUGUCCCACGGAAACUUAUGGUGACGCCUGACACGUUCAUGGCCCAUGAGGACGGCAGCACUCGACCAUGUGUCCUCUCCUGCGACGAGGCGUCUCGGCGCGUGUCGGCCUAUGUUGCGCAGCAGUCCUAUAACGCUUUGCCGCAGAAUCGGCUGUUUCUCUCGAUGGCAGCGUAUCUGACCCAUCAGCUGGACCACACAGAUUCAAACGGCGCGUCGGCUUGGCUGGAGGAUCUCAACAAAUUGCCUUCCCCGUCUUUACCCUUCACCAGCGGCAAUGCGUUUGCGGUGCGGCUGCUGUGGCCCUCACCAUCGUACCACGUGGCUGAGAGACGAAGGCAAUGGCUGAGUCGGGACCAUCGCAAGAUUUUGUCCAACAUCGAUAGGGGAGUUCUGGGCGAAGGUUUCACUCUCGAGCAGUACGGCAAGGCGGUGUCGCUCAUCAGCAGCCGGGCCUUCUCGAUCCCCGUGCAGCCGAGGGAGGGCGAGACGUGGCGCAACAGGCAUAAGGAGGAGGAUGCUGUGGCUGAGGAGGAUGCACUCGUCCCUUUCCUCGAGCUCUUCAACCACCGUGCCUCAGAGCACGUCAACCUGCUGUGGAAUUAUGACAGCGCAACUGACUUCCUGGAGGUACAUGGAUGCAUUUGAUAAGCGUGACACGUCUCCCUGUGUGUGGCCAGGUCCGCAGCACCCGGCGGAUAGCUCCUGGGGAGGAGUUGAUCAACUCAUACGGCCGCCUGUCCAACAGGGAGUUGCUCGAGGGCUUCGGCUUCACCCUGCCGCCGUGUGAGGAGCCGAGGCAGACGUACGCCCUCCAGCCGUGGCUUAUCACCGCAGCAGCACGGCAGGUGGCCAACGGCAGCGACGUGUACUCGCGUGUGUUCCAGCUGCUCAAUGCCUAUAAGUGAGGAUGGGCGCUCGAUCAGCCAUACACACACGGGUGUCGGGUGUCUGGUGUGUUGUUGCAGUGUGACGGACAUGUUGAAUCUGGGACAGGUGGCGCUUGACAGCGAUGCCGUCAGCCCGGAGACAUCGCGGCUCCUCGGCCUCACCGAGAAGAGGUUUGGUGAGAGGGUUGGCGAGUUCUGGCUGGCGCUGCUGCGGCUGCUCGAGACGCCAUACAGAGACGACCCAAGUUUGGAGCCCUUCCGCUCAACGAUGCACACCAACCGCAAACACGACCCCUCGUCGUACGUGUGGUGGACCGAAAGAACGGAAGGCAACAGCUGUGAUCAUGACAGGUCGCUCUUCUCGGACGACGAGGGAGCCACCAACGCAGCGGUGAGGACGACGCGCGCUCGACAGACAAACCAGUUGAUGUCUCGGUUUCCUUCUUGUCGGUGUGCAGCGUGUCAAAAUGUCCGAGUAUGUGUGUCUGAGGAGAUGGGUUGACGCACUUGAGGGGCUGCUGCGGGGCGAGGCGGCCGAUGGGGCCGGCCCCUCUCGGCCGUCGCUGCGAGACGAGCUCUUGCGGUGGUUCGGGAGGGUUGCGGAGAACAGGCGAAAGGACGGCGAAAGGCAGAAGGUGUUGACGGGCUGAAUGAAUCUAGCCAGUGGUGAUGGAUGGAUGGAUGGCGCUCAGAGAUGUGACGUGACACGUACGUGCUGUUGUUGAUGAGCUGUGCACCACGUGGGUAUGUACCACCGUGCAUGUUGACCACAGAUGGAUGCGCGUGUUAUGGAUCCAUCCGCCCCUUUCCGCCGCUGUCAGUGUAUCAGAAAUGAGACAGUGCUGCAUUACAUAGGGGGGAUGAUAGCCAUGCCAUGUCCGGCGUGUGUCCCACAUCUGUACCUGAUCGGCAAUACAUGUAUGUUUCUUGCUCUGUCCGCUCGUCAACAGCCAAGUAAACAUCCAUGAAGCGACCUACCAUGCCCCACGCCAGUUUGUUUC